AUGUCCAAAAUAUCGUCGCUUGAUUCUCUGAGAAAUCAAGUACUUUCUAACCAUGCGGGGGAAGAAAAAGUUGAAGUAAAUCAAAGACAUUUGAUUGACAAAAUUUUGGCACGAUACUCGGCCGAAUUUGUAGUUUUCCGUGAGCUUAUGCAGAAUGCAGACGACGCCAAAUCUUCAAGCGUAGAAAUAGUAUUUGAAACGCAAAAAAACGGGGUUGCUAACGCAAGGACUAAUUUCAAGGAUAAAUGCGUGCGAAUAUUAUUUAAAAAUAAUGGAUUUCCAUUUAGACCUGAAGACUGGAACCGUCUAAAGAAAAUUGCCGAAGGAAACCCGGACGAACAAAAGAUUGGAGCUUUUGGAGUGGGGUUUUAUUCACUGUUCUCCGUAUGUGAAGAGCCAUUUGUUUCUUCUGGUGGACAGGGAAUGGCUUUUUAUUGGCGUGGAGAUCAAUUAUUUGCUAAACGCGGACCAACUGAUCAACUUGAUCAAACAUGGACCACAUUCUUAAUGGACGCAAGAGAACCAGCAGAGCUUCCAAAUCCCGAUCAAUUUGGUCGAUUCAUAGCGACCUCAUUAGGUUUUACAGGAAAUCUUCGCGAAGUCACAGUAUACUAUGAUAAUCACAAAAUAGUACACCUCACCAAAAAAAUGACAGAGCCUCGAACAAUGAACAUUAUUUCCGGUAUUGACACACACUCACCAAAAAAACUAUUUCAACUAAAAUCAGUCGACGUAAAAAAUGUGCAACUUGAUGUACAACGGUUAGUAAUGCCACAAUCAUUACUAAGGUCACGGAUAAUCUCAAUUCAAGAUUGUUCGUUAGAGAGCACGACGAUAUUUCUGCGAAUAGCUAAUGGAUAUUUGGAUGUGCGAGUAUCCAAAGAAUUUUCAGUAGAAAUGGAACGGUCGACGAAAAAGAAACCGCCGAGUAAGACAUUAAUACAGAUGCUUUUCACUGGGUUUGAUGAACACAGUUCCUCGUCAGGUGGCUCAGAUAAUAUACAAAAUAAAAAAGUUAUUGACAUCUUCAAAGAUUUGUUGCCGUACCCGGAACAAGGGAGAAUCUUUAUUGGGUUCCCCACACAUCAAACCACUGGGUGUUGUUCACACCUUGCCGCAAGAGUCAUACCAACAGUGGAAAGAGAAUCGGUUGACUUGGUUGAUAAAACGUUGGCUGUCUAUAAUGAGGAGAUGCUUACUAUGGCUGGAAUACUUUCUCGAUUACUGUAUGAAGAUGAAUUGAGUCAAAUAUCACGAAUGUAUCGAGAAAUGAUUGGACCGAAUUUACAUCAUGAAGAUGAUGCUAUCAAAGCUACUAAAGGAUGGUUACAGAAUAGAGCUGCUCACGCGCUCACUCAUUUCACGUUCAAGCAAAGUACGCCAAAUCCUCGAGUAGGGAACAUUAUCGAAAGUAUAUUCUUUGGAUGCUCGAAUCGGUCUUUGUCGAUAUUGUCAACAACCGGAGUGAUACCAAUCACUGAUGUCCGCCUUCCAAAUCAGGAUAUGCAGACAUUCAUAAAAUAUGUGCCGGUUGUCCCCACAAUUCUUUUAGAAAGAUGUGCUCCCUUUUUCCGAAAGGCUAAAGAACAAUUGAAUUUGAUACAGGAAUUGACCGUAGAUGAUGUGUUUACGGAAUUACGUAGUCGUAGAUUGUCCCACGAUGAAAUAGUGGCGCUCUUUAAAUGGUGGAUAAUAUAUUGUAAUAAAUCUGGUCUUUAUGAAAACAAUGUGAAACAACUGCUUCACCUGGCUACUGUUCAAGUUCCAGGCGGUAAUCACAUAGCGUUGGAGAAAUUUCAAUAUUUUCUGAAUCCAAAGACAAUACCCCCCGAUAGUGACGUUCCGACUAAUAUGCUCCCAUAUCCAAUUACAAAGCCAUUUUCCAAGAAUGACCUUGAAAAAUUUUUUGGAAAUUUUACCGAGCUUACUCUCGUCACAUGGGCACAAUCUAUUUUCGAGAAACCAGAACUAGAAAACUCACCAUUUUAUUCAGAAAAGUUUCUUUCGACAAUAUCCCGAAGUUGGACGACUCUAUCUGUCAAUGAUCAAAAUAUCAUAAGAAAUUUACUUAAUGCAAAACAGUGUAUCCCGACUAAAUUUGGAAUGAAGUUACCUGAUCAGGCUUAUUUCCAAAAUGUAAAUCUCUUCCGGGAUUUACCAGUGAUUCAUUUCCAGAAUCAAAAAGGAGUUUCUGAAAAAUUCCUUACUCAUUUAGGAGUGCGAAAGCAUGUUGAGUUGCAGAUUGUUUUCGAUCGAUUAAUUAGCCAAGGAAGUUGGGAUCACAUGCAACUUGUAAAAUACUUGGCUUCUGUAGAUCUCAAGCAAAUAGAAAAAGAUCGAUUAAAAAUCACUCCAAUUUGGCCCAGAGAACAAUUGGAAAGUGAGGAUGACGUUACAGUGGAUGCGAAUGGUACGGUCAAAACUCCUCGAGCUAUUAAAAGAUUUGUUGCAACAGGAUUAUAUGCACCUCUUGUUGAGCUUAGGGAUCUAGGGUUGCCAAUUAUCGAAUGGAAAGGCAAAUGGCAAUCAAAUGCAAAAGAUGCCAAGUUUCUUUUGGAUAUGGGACUUCGUGUACAUCCACCGUUGCAAGAAGUCCUUGCGCUGGCAUCACCCCCUUCCCAAGUUCAGCUCCGGUCCAAAGCGCUUCACUAUUUUCUCGAGAAAUUUAAGGAAAAAUACUCGACAGAAUAUAACAACACUCUUAUCACGCAAGCCUUUUUGCCUUGUACAAAUAAGCAUGAUUAUGCCAGACCUUCAGAGUGUUUCUCUGAUCCCGCAUGUCAAGUCAUGGGCUACCGCGUUCUUCAUCAAGAUUUACGCCCGCGUGCUCGAGAAUUGGGAAUUCGUGAACAUCCACAUCGUGCUCAAUUGCUGGAAAAACUAUCGAAAGAUCCACCACAAAACUUUGCAAGAGCCAAAGAGAUCUUUGAGUAUUUGGCUUCGCAACAGGGUGACUUUAAUAGCUCUGAUUGGAAUACAUUGGGACUCCUUCAUUUUAUCCCUGUUACAAGAGACAAGUCGCAACCUAACUCCAUCACUCAUAUAAAUCCUUUUAACUGUUAUUUCCGAGGACAAGAUGACAGUUAUGCAGAUUUCUUUCCACAUGUGAAUUUCGGCGAUCGAGCAAACAACUUUUUACGAAGUUGCGGUGUAAAACCUGAACCAUCACCAACCGAAUUCGCUCAGCUUCUCGUACGAUCUUCUCAUGAGUUUCUUAGUAAUAUAGGCGAUAACGUCGAAAAAUACUUUAACAUAUUGCGCAUGAUUGCCGCGAAUUUCAAUGCGAUUAAACAAAAUGCUAAAUUAUACAAUGAAAUGAAGCGAUCGGCAAUUUUGUUGGGUAUCUCUAAACUUCCAAAGAGUGGUAGUAAUAAAGUUAAUCAGAGAAAUAGUAUCGAUGGAGAUAUGAACGAAGAAUUAAUUGAUCAACAUCAAUUGGCCGUGGCUAAAAAUAUCUUUAUAAAUGACCAUGCGAUGUAUCAACGGCAAUUAGGAAGUCCACGUCUAAGUUCUAGUGUUCAAGAGACUUACACUCCAAAAGGAAAUCCAAGAGAUACAAAAAAUUCUAGAGAACUAGGGGAAAGAAUAAGAGAACGAGCGGCUUUAUUUUAUCACGAACGCAAUUCGAAUGAAUUUCUGCGGGAUGUUGAUUGGUUACAAAAGAAACUAAAGAUUCGUGAAGUCGACGAAAUUGAGGUCGGCAUGACUCUGAAUCCCACUAAAGAGAGAAGAACUGAAUUCACCACCGCCUGUCUUCUAAUGGACAGAGGGUAUGGCAUACUCUCUAUUUGUGGUGAUUUGGAUUACCUUGAUAUCGGAUGGAUGCUCGGUAGACAGUUAUACAAAAAACCAAAAUGGAAUGAUCAUCUAUUACUAAAUUCGUUAUUGACAACCCCGUUACAAAGCCUUAAACGUAAGGGAUACCCGGUUGAUCGUAUUUUGCAAGCGAAAAAACGCGCAGCUACAGAAUAUAUGGUGAAGAAAACCGAAGCAACGACAACUACUUCGCUUUUUGAUCCUAAUAGUAGUACUAUAUUACUGAAUAGACGACAGGAACAAGCAGCAAAAUCAUUAUCAGAAAUGUUUCCAGAUUGCGAGCCGAAUUUCCUUCGAAAAAGUGUCGCUGAAGCAAGAUCCAACGAUCUGGUGAACGAGGUUGCAAAUAAAUUAUUGAAGGAAAAUAACUACCCGAAAAAAACAUCAGCUGUUGAUAAUAACGGAAAUAAACCUGGUUGGUUUGAUAUGGUAACAAAAUUGAUCGAUAAUGUUGGAGCUUAUAAACAAUCUAUUUCUAACAUUGCUACUACCACAUCCAAUCAAUCAUCAUCACCUGAUAAUACUCGACCUGAAGGAACAAAACCACGAACUCCUGCACCUGUCUCACCCGAAAAGACAAAGAAUCUACGGAAUGCUUUACGUCAAGCUGUUAAUCAAUGUCGUCCCAAUUCUGGGAGUGCGAUAAAUAGUGAACAAAAGGUUGAGAUAGUUCAAGAAAGCCAAGAGACUUAUUGCGACAUUCUACCAGGUCAUUCUUUGAAUUACGUUGGGCUUUGCAACGAGAUCGAAGUUUACGUGGCCAAAGAUCUUGAUGCGGCUGCAGUAAUAAAUUCUCCCGAAAUAGUCCAACAGCUGAAUCGUUUUGUGGCAUUGCUAAAAGACCUUGGGGAUGUAUUCCAAAUUCAUCGCAAAGCAAUUCACAUUUUCUACGAUACUGAGGGGACAACGAUUGCUUUCAACCGUGACAGCUCCCUGUUCUUCAAUCUGCGGUAUUAUAAGGGACUACAUGAUACCGGCAACAGUGAACUACCAACAAGUGAAGCGUUUAUAUAUUGGUUUAUGACUUUUAGUCAUGAAUUGGCGCAUAAUUUCAUAAAAUUACAUAGCUCGGAACAUGAGCGAAAGUUAAAUUUCAAUGUUGGAGAGAACUAUGAAGUUUUAGAUGUCGUUGGUGAGGGUGCCUAUGGUGUGGUUUGUUCUGCAACACAUAAACCAACUGGCCAAAAAGUAGCCAUAAAAAAGAUCACGCCGUUUGAUCAUUCAAUGUUUUGCUUACGGACACUUCGAGAAAUCAAAUUGUUACGGUAUUUCAACCAUGAAAAUAUUAUUGCUAUAUUGGAUAUUGUAAAACCGGAAAGCCUGGAAAAAUUCACUGAAGUUUAUCUUAUCCAAGAGUUAAUGGAAACAGAUAUGCAUCGCGUAAUUCGUACUCAAGAUUUAAGUGAUGACCAUUGCCAAUAUUUUAUCUAUCAAACUUUGCGUGCCUUGAAAGCCAUGCAUUCGGCAAACGUUUUACAUCGUGAUUUGAAACCGAGUAAUCUGUUACUUAAUGCUAAUUGUGAUUUAAAAGUCUGUGAUUUCGGUCUAGCAAGAAGCGCAAACACCAGUGACGAACAUAGCGGGUUCAUGACCGAAUAUGUGGCGACACGAUGGUAUCGUGCACCCGAGAUCAUGUUGACAUUCAAAGAAUACACAAAGGCCAUCGAUGUUUGGUCGGUUGGUUGUAUUUUGGCUGAGAUGUUGAGUGGAAAACCGUUGUUUCCGGGCAGAGAUUAUCAUCAUCAACUCACUCUUAUUCUUGACGUACUUGGCACUCCAUCUAUGGAAGACUUUUAUGGUAUUAAAAGCCGAAGAGCUCGCGACUAUAUUCGCAGUCUUCCGUUUAAAAAACGCGUUCCUUUCACUCACAUGUUUCCUCAUGCUAACCCUUUGGCGCUCGACAUGUUGGAAAAAUUAUUGGCGUUCAACCCGACAAAGAGAAUCACUGUUGAAGAAGCAUUGAAACAUCCUUAUUUGGAACCGUAUCAUGAUCCAGACGACGAACCAGCAGCAAACCCGAUUCCGGAAUCAUUUUUUGAUUUUGAUAAACAAAAAGAUCAAUUGUCGAAAGAACAGCUAAAACUAUGUGGAGAUUUUCUUGUUACUGGAUCCGAAGCCAUGGCCCUCUGUGAUCAACCAAUUGAGUACCAAUGA